GCCAAAGAUAAUGUGAAGUUGAGGGCCCAAAACGCGCAAUUAACAUCCGAAUUAGUGUGUAUUAAAAAUCAGCAAUUCCAAGUGCAGCACAUCAGAAAACAUAAUUUUUUUGAAAGGACUUUAAUAACUAGUGGCAACAAUCCCGAGUUUCCAUGAAGCUCACUGAUAGUCUCCAAAGCCAGAUUCUUCUCUUCAGAAGUUUAAGCGUAGUUUUGUUUCUCCGGGCUUAACAUGUAAGCAAUAAAGUGAUAAGGUGUAAGAGCUUGUUUAUAGCGAUGUUGAAACUUCUGUAGUUUCUCUAACGAUAAAUUUUGAGAUUCUUCAAACUUAUCUAACAAAAGUUUCCACUGCUCUACGGCAUCAGAGCCGUAGAUAUUGUGGCAUUUUUCUUCUGGAGUAUAUCUAGAGCAACAGCAAUAUGCUUCAGAAGGCUCAGGUACUCUUGUGCUGCAUGCUUCAGUCCUAUGUUUGAGACUUUUUUGAAGAUGGCAGAAUCGAUAUCAGACUAUGAACGCUUUCACGGCCGGUUAAAUCACAUUUAGGAAUGUUUUCCGGGCUUUGAAGCCGUGAUCUAUGGGAAUUUCUUCCUGAAUUGAUUCAGUUGGCUCAAUGCUUUGCAAGUGGGCUCCUUUGGAGUUUUGGUCAGUUGUGGACACUUUUAGUUUCCGGAAUACAUUACACCCAUUACUGCUUGCCCCUGAUAUUGGUCUAGGGUUAAACAUGCGGUUCAGUUUGAACUUUCUCUUAUUUUAGCUUCUACCUCUUUAGUAGAACAGACAAAAAUAAAACAUUCUUAGAGAAUAAAAGCACUCGAAACAUACCACCAAAAAGGUAUAAUAAUUACUUUCAUAUUGAUUGCAUAUUACAGAAUCUCAAGUUUCGAUGGACUAACAAUUUUUACAUUUUUGCCUCUCGCUUAUCGGUCAAGGCUUAAAUGAUAAAACUGAACUGUAAAAGAUGGUUCGUGAGGUGGGCCCUAUCUAGUACCUACUUUAAAUUAUCUUUCGAAAAGAUUGCAAUAAUUCUAGUCAUUCAGUUAUAUUCAUAUUUGGAGCUCACUAAAUAGGCAAAAUGCGUUGUUUAGGUCAUCAAAUAACUAUCGGCACGCUGAAUUUUAACAUGUUAAUUCCCUAGCCAGCUAUGGAUACUCGUUUUGGAGAUAUACAUUUUAAAAGCGGUUCGUGUCGUUCGCGUUCGCUGGCUUUGUUAAAAAAAUAUACGGUUAAUUUUGUUUGUUUGUUGUUUCCGUUCAAAAUAUUAAAUGGAAAUAAAAGUAGCUAAAAUAAUGUUACUUGCCAGAAAUCGCACCAAGUUUUUUUCCAGCGUAAGGAAGCUGAAUUGAAGAAGAAUAUCAAAAGCCAAAUGCCCCAUUUCGCAUUAAUGGUUACUUACCUAAUGGAAUAUUGCGAAUCAGAUGUGACUGUCCCUAAUAAAAUAUUUCGUUCUCGAGUAUCUUCCAAACAAAAUAAUUCGACUCAACGUGUGGGACCUCAUAUGGUCAACGGAAUCGUUUUGAAUGCGAGUCCGAAGAUUUCGUUGACCAGAAUGAAUCCUGUUUGUUCAAGUGCGGGUUUGUCAAGCACUAGCACGAACAGUAUUGAACCGGCACAUUCUGAGUCUGCAAGUUUAAGCAGUGCCAACUCUGAUUCUUCUGAACACAAUGUGCGAGAUGAAGAUUUCAUAUUCAGAACCCAUCGGAAUCCGUUUGGGACCAGUUCAGAUGAAGAAAUGGAAGUAGAAAUCCCAAGUGAAAGCGAAACGUUAAGUAGUGCCGCAUCAAGGAGCAAUCUUAGUACUAUUCCUGAAGGCAGUGAGCAUUCAAUAUCCAACUGUUAUGAUGGGCUGCACAUUACGUUACCGAAAAUGUCAAGUGAAGAGAUGAGAAGAAACAGUUUCAAAAGUAUAGAUUCUUCCAUGGAGGCUGAGGCAAGCAAUUCUUGUCUUAGUUUCGAAGCAAGCGCAAUUGAACAUCCGGGUGUUCAAGACACAAGAGAAAGCAGGAAAACGCGAAACAUGACGUUCUCGCCCGAUUUCAAUUCUAGACGGGUUGUGAACGAAAAUUCUACAUUGAAAGAGAUGCAACCUAUAGAGCCCGCCAGGACUAACCAUUCUCAAAACUCCCAGAUGGAAUCUAUAGACUCUGUCGCGACAAACUGUUCUUCAGGCUCCCAGGACAUGUCUACGUUCGCUUGCUUACCAACCCCUUCGAUGUCCGCUCUAGGAGACAUUGACGGAAACUAUUCUCGGCUAGAUAUUCUAUUCGAUUCGGCAAUGACAUCGACUCCAACAAUAGCCAAUAAUCACACAAACGAGCAUUCAUCUCUUCUUUCAUCAAAAGGAAAGAGUAAUUCGAUGCGAGGUAGCACCAAAUUAGUUAACCCGAAAAGUGGAAGGCGUCGAAUACCAAUAGUAGUUUUAGAGAAUUUGCCACUUUCCUCAAAGCGAUUGCAACUUGGCGACGAUACACAAACAGAGUUAGAAAACAAUAGCCUUGAUACCAUAAGUGGAAGUAAUUCUAACUCAAACCUAUCGGAUAAGACUACAAAAAGUAAGAGUAAAUCCACGAAUAAAGGCAAGAAACGUAAACUGGUAGAGGACGGUGAUGAGACAAGUCAAGUAGUACCGAAACACGACCUUCCAUCAACUAGCUCUUUAAGCAGGCCUCAAAGAUUAGCAAAACCCACAGAUCUAAAGGAGAUGGGCUUGAAACAAAAAUUGAGACGAACUUAGAAUCUCAUCUUCGUAUCUGAUCCUAAUUGGAAUAAGUAUCACUUAUUUUGUACACUUAUUCUUGUAACAUCGUGAAGUUCUCUACAUAUGCAAGUUUUUCUCUUUAAUGCUCUUUAAUAAUGGUUAUAAGCAGUUGACAAAAUUAACAAACUCAACAAAUGACAAAACUCGUGAGUUAUUCGUUAUUCGGAUGUGAAGAACUUGAAUAUUAAUGAAUGAAAAACGGGCUCUUUUUAGUUUUUUUUGUGGAACAACUUUUUAUUUCGCAAUUACGGCUUCCUUAUGUUUAUACUUUAUAUUUUAUAUAUUUAAAAAUUCAAAAAAUAUACGUGGGAACCAUUUUUCAAGAGUUGAUUAUUAAAAACACCAAAACUAAAUUGUAUAUUUAUUUUUGUACCUGUUAUUUUGAUUUAUUUGAGUUAUUUUUGGACUUACUAUUUUUGUGUUUCUCAGAUGUACAUGGUUACUUUUUAGUUUGGGACACUCUAAACAUGUCUCUUCAGUAUAAAAUUACCUAGUCGGUAUGUUUUAUACAAAAAGUAAACCAUAUAAUAAAUUUUUAUGAUUAAUUAGCUGCCUUUUUCUGCAAUGUUAGACCCUUUUAGUAUACAUGCACUUUUUUGUUAAAAAUAUUACCUACUAUUAGAAAUAAUAUAAUAAUUGUUAGCUAUACCGCACUGAAAUGUAUAUUUAAUUGGUUAAUUGAUUACUUGUUUAGCAAUAUGUAUGCAUGCAUGCAUGUUGAUUUUUCGAUUAGGAUGUAUUUGAUAAACUUGAUCAGUACAAUAAAUUAUUAGUAAAUUGAGA